GGUCGCGCGCCUGCUGGCUGCGGCGGACGACCCUCGGAGGUCUCGCCCGCGGCCUGGCGCCCAACCGUCCGCGCGUGGCCGUUUCCGCGGAAGCUGGCGCUCCCGGGGCCUGGCUGCGCGGCGGGAGCAGCGGGCUGUGUGCGCGGAGCGCCAGGGCGCUGGCAAUGUCCAUCUUUUUGAGUUGGUUCCCACUAAAGAACUGAAAAGCUCAAUUUCAGAAACCAAGAUUGGUAGCUUCUGUAGAAAAAAGUCAGAUCUGGCGGCACUGGACCCAGACUCCCGGGUGUCACCCACCACCUAGAGCUGCCCCCGCAGGCCCCACCAUGUCCGGGCCCCAGACCCCGGAGCCGACCCUCGAGGGGCAGGCAGACACCUCCGUGGGCUCACCAGACGAGGACGCGGCCGACGGGACCCAGCACUCGCAUCGCAUGCUCAGCUUCAGCGACGCGCUGCUGUCCAUCAUCGCCACCGUGAUGAUCCUGCCCGUGACCCACACAGAGAUCUCCCCGGAGCAGGAAUUUGACAAGAGUGUCCAGAGGCUCCUUGCCACCAGGAUUGCUGUGUACCUGAUGACCUUCCUCAUCGUGACUGUGGCCUGGGCGGCCCACACGAGGUUGUUCCAAAUUGUUGGGAAAAUAGACGACACGCUGGCCCUGCUCAACCUGGCCUGCAUGAUGACCAUCACCUUCCUGCCGUUCACAGUGAGUCACAGGGGCUUCCGGCCCCAGGUCCACCCCAGGCGCACCCGCCCUCCACUGACCCCAGAACACGCCCUCCUCAAAGCUCUCAGACCCAUCGGCAGUCGGCCUGGACCACGUGGUUGCAGAGUUUUCCUUGAUGGUGGCCUUCCCCGAGGUGCCUCUGGGCAUCUUCCUGUUCUGCGUGUGUGUGACCGCCAUCGGGGCUGUACAGGCGCUGAUCGUGCUCUACGCCUUCCACUUCCCGCACCUCCUGAGCCCCCAGAUCGAGCACUCUGCCCACCGCGGCCUCUACCGGCAGUACAUCCUGGGCGUUGUCGUGCGGGGCCCCGCGCUCUGCCUGGCCGCCGCUGGCUUCUCCCUCUUCUUCUACCCCGCGGCCCCAGAGAGCCCCCGGCUCACAGCGUGGAGGUCUUCACCUUCGACCUGCACGAGCCGCUCAGCAAGGAGCGAGUGGAGGCCUUCAGUGACGGGGUCUACGCCAUUGUGGCUACUCUGCUCAUCCUGGACAUCUGCGAGGACAAUGUCCCGGAUGCCAAGGACGUGAAGGAGAAGUUCCAGGGCAGCCUGGUGGCCGCGCUGGGCGAGUCUGGGCCGCACUUCCUGGCCUACUUCGGCUCCUUCGCCACGGUGGGCCUGCUCUGGUUCGCCCACCACUCGCUGUUCCUGCACAUCCGCAGGGCCACGCGGCCCAUGGGGCUGCUCAACACACUCUCGCUGGCCUUCGUGGGCGGCCUGCCCCUGGCCUACCAGCAGACGUCAGCCUUCGCACAGCAGCCCCGUGACGAGCUGGAGAGCGUGCGUGUCAGCUGCGCCAUCAUCUUCCUGGCCAGCAUCUUCCAGUUCGCCAUCUGGACCACGGCCCUGCUGCGGGAGGGGGAGACGCUGCAGCCCUCGGCACGCUUCGGGGGCCGCGAGCACGCGUUCAUGUUCGCCAAGCUUGCCCUGUACCCCUGCGCCAGCUUGCUGGCCUUCGCCUGCACCUGCGUGCUGAGCAGCUUCAGCACGGCCAUCUUCCACGCCAUGCAGAUCGCGGUGCCCUUCACCUUCCUGCUGCUGCGGCUCCUGGUGCGCCUGGCGCUGGCCGGCCUGCGGGCCCUGCGGGGCCUGCUGGGGCCUGUGCUCGUGCGCCCGGCGCCAGGGGCCGCGGACGAGGCCCAGUCCCUGCUGCUCCCUGCCCCCUGCUAGCGCCGCCCCACCCCGCCCCACCUCGAGGGCCUCGUGAAGAUUCAUGUUCUGCCUCAGAUUACUUCCACUUUGCAGAGAAGAGUCUCAAGGCAGCCUCACUGUGUUGCUUGUGCCCGUUGUCUGCUCGAGCCAGCAGAGAUGAGCCCCAGAGGGCUGGCAGGAGGCGGAGGCCCAGCCCCUCCCUGGACUCAGUCUACACCCCAGUGCAGAGGCCCCAGCAGGCUGCCAGAGCACCCCCCACCCUCCACGACUUGCCCCGGGCACAGCGACGCAGGAGACGGACAGCAGCAGGGCUGGGUGCCCAGACUCUAUUUGUCCAAGAUAUAAAUUAGUCACCUUCGGGGGUAGGUUACAUACGAGGAAGGGGUGCAGAGCUCACACAGACUCAGACUCGCUUACACGCAGGGCGCUCGUCCACCCGAACCACAGUGACAGUUCCCAUCAACCGGUGCAGCUGCGAAGCAGAAGCUGAUUCCACCCCCAGGAGCGCAGGCCCAAGGGACGCACACCGGGCACUGGAGGCCUGUGGCCCUGGUGGUGCCCAUGUCUGGGUAGCUUUGGCACGAGCUUGGUGGGCAUAGGGCUGGGCAGGGCCGUGUCUGAGAUCGAGGCCAGUCUCAGGGUGAGGCCACCACCCAGGGUGCGGGCCUGGCAGAGCCAGCGCCAAGGCAGAGGGGCCUCCGGACGCCCCUUCCCAGCCUCGGGGUCCCCAGGUAGCUGGGCCAGGCUCCUCCAGGGCUGAGACAGGGCUCUGGGCUGGCUGGACUCCGGGGCUCUGAGUGACCCCCCGGCGGCCCAUCUGCGUCCCCCGUCUCCACACAGAGAAGCACAGAGACGAGUCUGCUCGGUGGACACGGAACCCGCGUGCUGACUGCUGACACGUGGGGGGCGAAGCGCUUUCCCCAGCCGAUUAAACCUCUCCCGCCGCA